AUGGCAGCUAAACCAGAAUUCCAAGAAAUUAAACAACAACAAAUUCAUAAUGAAGAAGAACUUAGAGAAAUUCAUGUUCCAGGACAACGAUUUAAUUAUGUUAAAGAAAAUUGGAUAGGAAUAUAUCAACCGAUUGUUUCACAAUUAAAAUUGAAUAUUCGAAUGAAUCCAUCAAAGAAACUUAUUCAACUAAAAACAAAUGAUAAAAGUCAAUUAGAUUCUCUUCAAAAAGCAUCUGAUUUUAUUAACGCCAUUGGAAAGGGGUUUGAAGUUAAAGAUGCCAUUGCUUUACUUAGAAUGGAUGAUAUAUUUGUUGAUUCAUUUGAAAUUGAAGAUGUUAAAAAAUUACAUGGAGACCAUUUAAAUCGUGCUAUUGGACGUAUUGCUGGUAAAGAUGGUAAAACUAAAUUUUCAAUUGAAAACACUACACAUACUCGUAUUGUAAUGCAAUAUAAAAAGAUUCAUAUUAUGGGAAGUUAUGCCAAUAUCAAGAUUGCUCGUGACGCAAUCCAAGACCUUAUUCUUGGAGCUCCACCAGGAAAAGUAUACAAUAAUCUUCGUACUAUUGCAUCUAGAAUGGAUUCUGCUCUUUAAUUUGAUUGUUUGUUUU